AAGCUAUUAGUGACGCCAUGGCAAACGUCCAAUCUAAAGAGCUUAUUAAACGGUAUCUUACCGAUUCUAAGGAAUUUCCGCAGCUAAUAUCGCGAGAAAGGUUUCACUCAAUAGUUCAAUUGGUCUGCCGUAACCAAUUAUUGGACGAGGAGGAAACUGAGUUGUAUGAUAUAUUAUCGAGACAGAAACAGAACACUCUUGAGCGCGUUGAAUCGAGUAUCGACCAGCUGGAUUUGGGACGUAUAGAUACAGACAACAAUGAGACUACUGUACAGGUAGAAGAUUUGAGUCUUAUGCAAUUGAUACAAUCGAUGGAUCAACUGAACCAGUCUCUGGAGUCGCGAAUAGAAGCUAUCGAGCAGGAUAUCAAAGUUGAGCUAGAGGAAAUCAAUGAGAAAAUCGAUGCUCUCAAUGACCUCCGAUAUGGAACCAUCAACUUUGAAACGUCAAUUGAAUCGUUGUGUAAAGAUUUACAUGAACUCGAAAAUCGCUUAUUGGAAUUGGGGAAAUAGUCAUACAUUUAUUUGCGGAUCUAUAUCUGCAACAUCAAAUUCGUCGCCGAUGUACUUGAAACUCUCGAACUUCCAAUUCAGAGAACACGACAGAUGGAGCAUAUAUUUAUUACCGCUUUCGACACCUAUAGCUCCGGUUCUUUUCGAAUCUUUUAUGUAUAUUAAACGACCUAUUCGGGAGUGCAAUAGUGCCAUUGCGCACAUAGUGCAUGGUUCGUGUGUAGUAUAGACAUGAUAGUUGAGACAGAGGUAGUUUGUAGGGGCUGAAGGGUCUGGACGAGCUUGCCUACGCUGUAGCUCGUUUUUUGCUAUUUCGCCAAUGCAAUUCAUUAUCGAGUGUCUCAUAAUGUCCGAUGAAUCACGCAAAUCAAAUUUCUGGGCCAUUAUUUGAUCUGUAGAUGGGUCAACAAAGAUGGUCACCACAGGGAGGCCUUUACUUGUUCUGGACAGAUCCGAAAUUAGUUUCAGAUAACCAUGUACUUUUUGUUCACAGAACUGUUUGUAGCUUUCAUUCAGCUCUUGUAUCAUGGGAUUUCCUUUCCAAACAAUAGGCCAGUAUUUUGCUGACCAUUCUGCGUUUAGCUCUUUGUCAAAAGGCUUAUUAAGUGGAGCUUUUACUUUCUCGAUCCGUGAGCGUUUCAGCGGACCGAACAAUAUCUUCUCAAGCUCCUCUUGGUUGAUCUGAUCACAGGCACAUAUUAGAACCUUCAGCAAAUCUCUAUCGUUCUUCUUCGCUUUCAAAAACCGCUUCAAAUGUCGUAAGCUAUUAGCACUCUCUUUGAAUUCGCUUUUUAUAAUUGAGUUUAUCAACGAGGAUUCUUUGGGUUCAAUGUAUACUAUCCAGUGGUCAACCAAAAAAGGCUCCGUGCUAUCUUGGACUUGGAUCCUUCGAUAUUUCUUAU